AUGUACAUAUAUGUAGCAAAAUACCCCAAUACCAUCCUAAAACCAACAGGUCCGAACACCAUCCUAAAACCAACAGGCCCCAGCAUCAUCCUAAAACCAACAGGCCCAAUACCAUCCUUAUACCAACAGACCCCAACACCAUCCUCAUACCAACAGACCCCAACACCAUUCUCAUACCAACAUAUCACCAUCCUCAUACCAACAGACCUCAACACCAUCCUCAUACCAACAGACCCCGACACCAUCCUCAUACCAACAGAUCCCAACACCAUUCUCAUGCCAACAGAUCCCAACACCAUCCUCAUACCAACAGGUCCCAACACCAUCCUCAUACCAACAGACCCCAACACCGUCCUCAUACCAACAGACCCCAACACCAUUCUCAGACCAACAGAGCCCAACACCAGCCUCAUACCAACAGACCCCAACACCAUUAUCAUACCAACAGGUCCCAACACCAUCCUCAUACCAACAGAUCCCGGCACCAUCCUCAUACCAACAGACCCCAACACCGUCCUCAUACCAACAGACCCCAACACCAUUAUCAUACCAACAGGUCCCAACACCAUCCUCAUACCAACAGCCCCCAACACCAUUCUCAUACCAACAGAUCCCAAGACCAUCCUCAUACCAACAGGCCCCAACUUCAUCCUCAUACCAACAGACCCCAACACCAUACUCAUACCAACAGAUCCCAACAUCAUCCUCAUACCAACAGCCCCCAACACCAUUCUCAUACCAACAUAUCACCAUCCUCAUACCAACAGACCUCAACCCCAUCCUCAUACCAACAGACCCCGACACCAUCCUCAUACCAACAGACCCCAACACCAUUCUCAUACCAACAGAUCCCAACAUCAUCCUCAUACCAACAGACCCCAACACCAUUAUCAUACCAACAGGUCCCAACACCAUCCUCAUACCAACAGACCCCUACACCAUCCUCAUACCAACAGACCCCAACACCAUCCUCAUACCAACAGGCCCCAACACCAUUCUCAUACCAACAGAUCCCAACAUCGUCCUCAUACCAACACCAUUCUCAUACCAACAGGCCCAAACACCCUCCUCAUACCAACAGACCCCAACACCAUCCUCAUACCAACAGGCCCCAACACCAUCCUCGUUCCAACAGGCCCGAACACCAUCCUCAGACCAACAGGCCCCAACACCAUUCUCAUACCAACAGAUCCCAACAUCAUCCUCAUACCAACACCAUUCUCAUACCAACAGGCCCAAACACCAUCCUCAUACCAACAGACCCCAACACCAUCCUCAGACCAACAGAUCCCGGCACCAUCCUCCUACCAACAGACCCCAACACCAUCGUCAUACCAACAGGCCCCAACACCAUCCUCAUACCAACAGAUCCCAACAUCAUCCUCAUACCAAAAGAUCCCAACACCAUCCUCAUACCAACAGGCCCCAACACCAUCCUCAUACCAACAGACCUCAACACCAUUCUCAUACCAACAGACCCCAACGCCAACCUCAUACCAACAGAUCCCAACACCAUUCUCAUACCAACAGACCCCCGCACCAUCCUCCUACCAACAGGCCCCAACACCAUCCCCAUACCAACAGGCCCCAACACCAUCCUCAUACCAACAGAUCCCAACACCAUUCUCAUACCAACAGAUCCCAACACCAUCCUCCUACCAACAGGCCCCAACACCAUCCUCAUACCAACAGACUCGGGAACACGGCGUUUACACCCUACACCUACUAACACAUUUCUGCUCCAAAGACACAUACAAAUACUCAUUUUCACCACAGACUGUCACACAAUGGAACCUGCUACCAACAGCAAACCAACGCCAUCAUCAAACCAACAGGCCCCAACACCAUCCUCAAACCAACAGAUCUAGCCCCCAACACCAUCCUCAAACCAACAGAACCAACGCCAUCAUCAAACCAACAGGCCCCAACACCAUCCUCAAACCAACAGCCCCCAACACCAUCCUCAAACCAACAGAUCUAGACCCCAACACCAUCCUCAAACCAACAGAACCAACGCCAUCAUCAAACCAACAGGCCCCAACACCAUCCUCAAACCAACAGACCCCAACCCCAUCCUCAUACCAACAGACCCCAACACCAUCCUCAUCCCAACAGGCCCCAACACCAUCCUCAUACCAACAGGACCCAACACCAUCCUCAUACCAACAGGCCCCAACCCCAUCCUCAUCCCAACAGGCCCCAACACCAUCCUCAUACCAACAGGCCCCAACACAAUCCUCAUACCAACAGGCCCCAACACCAUCCUCAUACCAACAGAGUGAAUGUUAA